UUCCGUAUUUACAAACGGAUUAAAAGUUUACAGCGUUUAGUCUCAGAGUAGAGAGAAAGAAAAGCACGUGUUUUUUUUUUUUUUUUUUUUUGUUAUGGCUUCCAACAUGCUUCCCUUGAAGAGUUUUCUGGAAGACAGACUUUCGGCACUAGCGGAGGAAAUAUUUGAGUUUGUCGAAAAGAGAGUCGACGAGUACAAACUGGAGCUUUGCCGCGUGAUAAAUUUGGAGGUUGGGAACCUCAGAACGCAGCUGCAGCAUCUUCUUCAAUCAGAUUCAUGUAAUGGAGCCAAGCUGCAGGAACACAUUCAACACCUCCUUCCUUCUCCUCCUCCUUCUUCAGAAGACUUGCAGGACACAGAUUUCAAGCACAUUGAGAAGGAUGGAACCAGCAGCAGCUUCCAGCAUACCGAUGAGAUUACCCAGGUGAAGAAAAAAUGCAUAAGGAACCCCUGCGAGUUGUCGCUGGGUCACGGUUCAGAGCCUAUGGAAGAUAUGAAUUCGCAAGCAAAAGACGGCGCGUCCUCGGAGCCGAACGUGAACGACCUCCCUUUCAACUUCAAUCACGGCCAAGAGUGUAACCUCAAGCCGUACACCUGCGCCUUUUGCAAAAAGGGCUAUGACUCCUCUUACCAGCUGACCAGACAUGUGAAGUUGCACACAUGUGAGAGGUCCUACGUUUGUCCAACUUGCAACAAGGGCUUUAUAAGCACAGCGCGUCUCACCAGACACCAGACCUUACACACGAAUGACAAAUCAUUUGUGUGCCUUUACUGCAAUAAAUGCUAUAAAUGGAGAGAUUCUCUCACUAAGCAUGAGAAAAAGAUGCACAAGAUGAAGGCGCAGGACUCCACUCCUUGAUGAUACGAUUAAUGCUGUGAUUAAUUAGCUGCAGUUAGCAAAACAAUUUUUUAUUAAAAGACAAUUUGAAUACAACUUUUUUUCAGGGUUUGAAUGUUGUAUCACCUGAAAUCAAUACUGGUACAUUUUAUGAAUACUACUUUUUGUCAACACUGUAUUUGAACCGAAUUGAAAU